CUUCCAGAGCGCAGGAAUCUUGCCGAAAGUCAGGAAUUAUGUGGAUUUUACAAAAAUUCCUCGUCGCUUUUUAUUCCACUCCAACCGAAAUCUGACAUUUCUGCCAGCGUACGCGGAGUCCGUGUCCUUCGCGACUCUGACCCGCUCCGGCUCGCGGCGAACGAAUUUUUUGGCGAAAAGCGAAGAGGAAGGGGAGGAAAAAAAACUAGUGAAUUUCGAAAAACAUGGAGACAAGGAGGGGAAGGAGCUGACUAAAUGACUAAAGAGCAAGUUUUACAGCUCGGGAGCGCCACAGGAAAAGAAAGAGGGAGUCGGCGUUUGUUCCGCGCGCGUUGGACGGCGUUUCGGCUUUUGAAAAAUGUCGUUAUUUUGCCGUUAGUUUGGUAACGAAGCCGUUCGGAGCAGAACUGCUGGAUUUGGACGGUUCUGCGAGCUCGAGCUAGUUGACAUCAAAGGGCUCUGAAGUUUUUCUUUCCUGCCGAUUCCUUCUGCUGCGGGGAAAGAGUAGCUGCGGAAUUUCGGAGUUUGGGAAUUACAGAGCAGCGGUCGACUUGGUGAAUGUUUUGAAGCAGCGACUGGCUUUGCAGUUUAUACAAAGGAGAGUGACGAACUAGACACAUUCUUUCUUCCUGAGGGGGGAAAAGUCCCAUGCCGUUCAAGCGACCGAGCGAGAGGCCUGAACGGAGCGAGGGACGAAGAGGCUUUAACGCUUCGACUGGUCAUUCAGGAGGUGGUGCGACAGAUUUACACGUUUUCUUAUUAUUAUAGCGACAGAAGAGGCGAACGUGUGGCUAAUAGUGUAGGCGUAAGGGUUCAGUUUGGGAAUGCCGUGAGGGGAAUUACAGGGAAGGGAAGGCUAUGAAGGAACCUUCAGGAGAAUAGAUAGAUACAGCUUGGAGUUUCACUGUAGAGCCACACGAAAAUAGAUAGGCUGACUACCUCUAGUCUCUGUGGUAUCGACAAAGGCUACGGUGGCUGGCCAGGAGUGAGGCAAAGCCUGUGGUGUAAUGUGGUGGCAUUCGCCUUGAGACCGAGAACUAUGUGCUACAUUUACUGCAAGCCUUUCACUUUAAGGCGUCUAACAGACAUGAAGGUGUUUGUAUGACUGGCUCGCUCUUCAGCCUGAAUGCCUUCGCCUUUCCUCUCCACGCCUGUGGGAAAACUCUAAUGACACAGACUACUAAAACGAAGACCAAGUGGAAUUUUGCCUGAAAUAAACUCAUUUUCUCCAUCCACGAGGCCACUUUUCCAUACAUUUCCUGACGCACUGGUUGGAUUGUACUACCCACCCCGAACUUCAUUGUUUGUGGACGGACGAGGGUGUUUUACCUCGGUAAAAUGCUAGUUGGAUAAGAGCUGAAGAAAACCAAGAAACAGAAGCCCAAUGAGCGGCUCACAGUCCACGAUAGCUGACAGGUUUCCCAAAAAACCAACCAGGACAGGAAGUAUUCUCAGCAAGGACCACCCACCAGACAAGAAACCCAAGAGUGACAAAGUGUCAGCACCCCCCUCACAUGAGUUUGACCCCACAGAGCUGCCUGUGCAGAGUGUAGUGACAGAACGAAGGCCAGAGUCGUGUGGGCUAGUUCAGCGGUGUGUUAUCAUCCAGAAAGAUGAGAAUGGCUUCGGGCUAACAGUGAGCGGAGAUAACCCUGUAUUUGUGCAGCUUGUCAAAGAAGAUGGAGCUGCUAUGCGAGCAGGUGUUCAGACGGGUGAUAGAAUUAUUAAGGUCAACGGGACAUUAGUAACACAUUCAAAUCAUGUAGAAGUUGUGAAGUUAAUAAAAUCGGGCUCGUAUGUGGCUCUGACAGUGUUGGGUCGCCCCCCGGGGAUGCCACAGAUCCCCCUGUCGGAGGGCGAGGGUGAAGGCGGUCUCCUGUCGGCUCUGAGCUCCCCUCACUCUCCCGGACCCACCGCUGCAGAACGCUCCUCAUCAUCCUCCACCACCAGCCCCUCCGACCGCAUCACAUCACCACUGCCUGAUGAGAACAGUCCACUUCAUAAUCAGAAAGUGGAUAUUUUACAGAAGAUGCUGACCAAGGAGCAGCAUGAAUUACAGGCUAUGAAAGAGGAGUACAGCAGGAACCCUACGCCUAAACUACUGAAGGAAAUCCAGGAAGCAAAGAAGCACAUUCCAUUACUCCAAGACCAACUCAGCAAGGCCACUGGGUCUGGACAGGAUGGCUCCCUUUCUCCAAGGCCUGGUGAUGAAGUGGAGGAGGGGGGAGGGUUAGGAGAUGUGGAUUCUCCUUUGCCCUGGCAAACUGACUCAACCACAGAAACAGCCUGGAGCAACAAUACAGCAACACCAGUCACCCUGAAUCCUGUCCCAGAAAGCCCGUACCAAAGAGAGACUCCAUGCCACAGCCCAAAGACUCCCAGAGACAGCCUCAAUUCCUGCCCUUCUCCUGAUGCUGAUGACACACCCGACCUGGACUCCAACUCCCAGAGCAGCAUAGGUAGCCCCUCCUCUCGCCUGCCGGCGCAGAUCAUUGGUGCGGAGGAUGAUGACUUUGACACUGAGCAGGAGCAGAUGAAUGGCCAGUGUAGCUGUUUUCAAACCAUAGAGCUGUUGAAGUCUCGGCCCGCUCACCUCGCAGCCUUCCUGCAUCACGUGGUCUCUCAGUUUGACCCUGCACCUCUGCUUUGCUACCUCUAUGUCGAGCUCUACAAGCAGAGCAACUCCAAAGAGACACGGCGACUGUUCAUAGACCUCCACACCUUCUUCAUGGACAGAACAGCGCACCUGAAAGUAGCAGUGCCAGACUCUAUCUCAGCUGAUCUGGAUCGGAGGAGGCCUGAACUGAUCCCAGAAGAGAUUCAAAAACAGUAUGUGCAGCAGUUACAGGAGACACUUCUUCUUGACAUUCAGAAACACCUGGAGGACUUCAGGCAAAAGCGCAGUAUGGGCCUGACCCUGGCCGAAGCAGAGCUGACCCGGCUGGACACUGAGAGAGUACGCGACCGCGUGGCUCUGGAGAGAGAACGAUCGUGCGCGGAGCAAAUCAUCUUAAAGAUUGAGGAAGUCCUAAUGACGUCGCCGGCCACAGAGGAGGAGAAGUGUAACACCAUGCAGUAUGUCAUCUUGUCCUAUAUGAAGCACCUUGGGGUGAAGGUGAAGGAAUCUAGGGGUCUUGAGCACAAACCUAAACGCAUGAACUUAUUCCCCAAAAUCAAGAAGACCAUAAAACCGGAGAAAGACGGCGGGGCAGAGGAGAAAGUGAAAAGGCCUCGCUUUCCCAGCAUUCUCGGCCAACGGUACACCAAAAUCGAUCCUACCCCAGUUAGUAAAGCACUGGAGCAGGCUAAGCCUCGGCCGGUGAAGCAGCCAUCUCAGCCGUCUCUGGGUUUGCCGGAGCAGGUUGACUCCUUGACCGCUCGAGCACGGGGCAGUCAGUCCAGCGACGGGCCGGACAGCAGUUCAGCCUUCAUCAGCUCUCCUCCCCACAGCGCCCCUGCCACACAGGGCUCAGACACCAGCCUCAGAGACACCGAGUCAGGUGGAGCUCCCUUCUCAGCAUUACCGAGAGUCGGAGAGGGUGCUUUGUCAGGUGAAGGUCAGGACUCCUCAUCCUCAGGAACACACUUUGACUUCAGCUCCUGCAAUCAGGACCACCAGCAGGAGGAGGAGCCUGAAAUAGACCGGAAUCAGGAAGAAGGCACGCCCAGGCCACUGAGGAGGAUGGAGCCUCUGAGCUCAGGGGAAGUGCAGAGUGAGGAUGAUCAGGGGGCUGAGGUGGAGCCGGAGCAAGACCCUCCUCACUGGCAGACGCUCGUCAGCAGAGACAUCCUUGCACUGCUGCCCCCACACGAGAUCAAGAGACAAGAGGUCAUCAAUGAGCUGUUCUACACGGAACGUGCACACUUGCGGAUGCUGAAAGUCCUGGAUAACGUGUUCUACCAGAGGAUGACCAGAGAGGCCAUCUUGCCCCCCACAGACAUCAAAAACAUAUUCACCAACCUAGAGGAGAUUGUCCAUCUGCACAUGUCUAUAACGGAACAAAUGACAGCUAUUCGGAAGAAGAACGAGGCAGCGGUCAUAGACCUUAUAGGAGAUGAUCUUUUGUCCUGGUUCAGUGGAGCAGAAGAAGAGAAGAUCAAACGGGCAGUGGGAACGUUCUGCAGUAACCAGCCCUUCGCCCUGGAGCUCAUAAAGAGCAGGCAGAAGAAGGACCAGCGCUUUGCUUCAUUCGUACAGGAAGCGGAGAGUAAUCGGCAGUGCCGUAGACUUCAACUGAAAGACAUCAUUCCUGUGGAGAUGCAGAGACUGACCAAAUAUCCUCUCCUGCUUGAGAACAUCGCCAAAUACACCGAGGAUGUAGAGGAGAAGAGCAAGGUUAAACGAGCUGGCGAAUGCUGCCGGAAGAUCCUGAACCAUGUCAACCAGGAAGUGAAAGAGGCUGAGAAUAAACAGAGGUUAGAGGACUACCAGAGAAGACUGGAUCUCUCCUCACUGAAGCAAAGUGAACUUCCCAUGAUUGCUGAAUUUAAGAGUCUUGACUUGACCAAAAGAAAAAUGGUGCAUGAGGGACCACUGUCUUGGAAAGUGAACAAAGACAAGACAAUUGAGCUGUACACACUCCUGCUGGAGGAUAUCUUGGUGCUAACGCAGAGGCAGGACGAGAAGCUAAUCUUGAAGUGCCACAGUAAGAACCUGGCGGGCACAGCCGAGACCAAACACACCUUCAGCCCCAUCAUCAAGCUCAGCACUGUGAUGGUGCGCUCUGUAGCUACCGACAACAAGUCAUUCUUUGUACUGUCCAUGUCGGAUAAUGGAGCACAGAUCUACGAGCUGAUGGCUCAGACUGUGUCUGAGCAGAGAACGUGGCAAUGUCUCAUUACCCAGAGAGCAGAGAGUAUGAAGAGACAGCAGUUGAAUAUAAUUCCAUUACCUCAGACCGAUGGUGAGCGCGAAGCUGUUGAGAUGAUAAACUCAAGCGUGCCGAAAAUGAACAAAGAUCCAGAUCGCAUCUCCACUGGAAGCAACCAGUCCCCAGAAAAAGAUGCCACCUCGUGUUUGGAGAUAAUGCCAACCCCUUCAGCAGGAACCAACCCAUUUGAGACCAAGUCUGAGGAUGAAGAAGAGGCGGAGGGUUCCCUGCAGGUUCAGAAUGAAGAGGAUGAGGAAGAGGCGUUCCUGGAUGCCGAACUAGCCAACAAACUUCCCUUCCUGAAGCAGCGCUCGCGGCAGGCCAUUGCGAUAGAAGAGAAGGACUCUGAGGUUUUUGACCUGCCUCCACUGAUGGCAGAUGAAGCGCUCCGAAACUUGGCUGCUCUGAGGCAGCUCCUGAUCAAUCACAUGGCCAGUCAGGAGGAGGCAGAAAGGGACCGAGAAAGAGGGGAGGUUCGAGAACAUGAGCUGAAGACAGGCUCUCGGCAGGGUCCAGAGGACUGUGCUGCCCCCAGUGGCGCAGUCGAGAAUGGCGCAGAGAAGACCGAGGCGGUGCAGACCAGGCCAGAAAACACUCAGGAGCUGCCCUCUGGAGAUACAGGCUUCUUCGAGACUUCAGAGGACUAUGCAGGCAGUUACAUGGUGCUGGAGGGUUAUGGUGGCUCGGGUGAGAGCAGUACUGAUGAUGAUGUUCAGGGCAGCAGCAUUGAGCCGACGGCAGCGGGAGACUCCGGCAUCGACCUGAAGAAGCUCCUUUCCUCCUCUUCCUCACAGAGCGGAGGACCCAACCUCAGCAGACAGGUCAUGACCCACUUACGCCUGCUCCAGGCCAACCUGCAGCAACUGAAGGAUGUAGAAACUAAAUAUAACCAGCUAUGCCAAAAGCACCCAGAGGAAGCAGCUACUGACUCAGAAGAGAACAAAGAUAAAAGCUAGUGUUUCUGGACCUGUGGACUCCAUGCUGGAUGUACAGGAGAUGCAGAAUCAUUAGGAAAGUGCUGUAGUCCUUCUACUCCAAGCUCAACACACAUGACUCUUAAAGCAUAUCAGUUACCACACUCGGGCAACGAUUCCCCCUUCCCAAUCCACCCACACUCCAGCACACCCUUGAACACAUUUUCCCAGCACAUUCCGGCAGGAAAAAGAUGAUGGCAUUAAGACGUUCCAUCACCUCUCCAUCUACCAGCUGUUUAUUGGAGUCGUGGAUAUUUAGAUUGAACAUUCCACUUCCUGUCUGCAUGCACCGUCGGCCCUUUGAAAUUCUCCAAAAACUCGUAGCGCAAAGCCUCCUUCUGAGUCAACACUGUGCUUGGACCGAAACGAAGGGAAGAGAAGAUGAUGGCAGGAUAUCACCGUGGAUAAACUACAGCCUGAGCUGGCACUUCCCCUCUUCUACUGAGAUUUCACUGGUUGUUGUUUGAGGGAAGAAAUGAACUGAUGGUCCAAAAUGUGUCUCAUUGCUGACUGGAUGAGAUUAGGUUUGAUAUUAUAGCCAAUAAAUAUACCAGGUGUAGUUUUGAGGUUGUUUUUUAGGCCUUUAGCUAAGCCUUAGACCUCAGUUACAAAAAAAGACUAAAUCUGAUGCGUGAAAUGUCCUUCAUAAGGACUGCCUAAUACCACAGCCUACUAGUUCAUUCCUUAUUGUGUAUGGAUAUGAAUGUUAAUGCAUGGUUGUGAGGAACAGUGAUGGAAUACUGCCACCUAAACAUGGAGUUACAAACACCUAAAAUUGGACCACUAGUCAUUUUAUUCAAUUGAGCAGGGCAAGGCAGUUCCCUUGAGGCUUUAGCUCAUAGGAUAAUGCUAUUAAAUUAGUUCAU